UCGAUCUAUCUAGUGCAGAAUAAGAAUAGCUAAAAUGGCAGCACUGAUCUCAUCACUUACUUAAUAUUAUGCUUCCAGUCUCUUCCAAAUCCCCACACACACAUCCCAAAUGGCUUGUUCUCCACCUACUUCAUCAUCUUCAUCUUCAUCUCAAUCAACCGAUACAGAAGCCUGUUGGGACUGGAGAAAAGCAUUAUCAGCUGAAAUGAAGCUCUUUCGAGGGUUAGCCUUUGCAUUUACUCUCGCCUUCACCUUACUCCUCUUCCUCUCCUUCUAUCUCUUCUACCUCCGCCUCCGCCGCCUCCGCCGUACGCCGCCCUGGUCCGUACAGCAGCCGGAACCACCCUCGUCUGCCUCCAAUGCGUUAUCUGCGGAACAGGUGGAGUUAGGGGUGAAGAAAGAGUUGAGGGAGAUGCUGCCUGUUGUUGUGUUUAAGGAGAGCUUUUCGGUUACUGAUACAAUAUGUUCGGUAUGCUUAGGAGACUACCAGGCAGAGGAUAGGCUGCAACAGAUACCUGCUUGCAAGCACGCGUUUCAUGUGGAAUGCAUUGAUAACUGGCUUUCUACUCACACGACAUGCCCUCUUUGCCGCCUGUCUCUUCUUGCUUCUUCUCCAACUGAGCCACAGCCGACCAAUGACACCGUAACUACCCAUCCAGAAAGCAGUACAGACGCGUCUUUGCAGAUUGACAAUUGUGAUCAGUCUUCGGUAGAUCCUGUACGCCAAUAAACUCUCAAAUUAUUUUGAUAUAGAAUAUGAAUCUUUGAAUAAUUUGUAGUUAAGAUAUUGGUCUUACAAUAUUAUGUACGAGGUUUAUAAAUUUUGUUUUUCCUCUUCGAAAUAUAUAUACAUUUAGGCGUGAUUA